AUGUUGACAAGUGAAUAUCAAAGUGUUACAAUUAUUCCCGAGCAAAUACAGGAUCAAGACAACUUGAAGGAACAGGAUAAACAAACAAGUCGUAAAUCUAAAACUGCUAACAUUAAUUUGAUCUCUUUAAAUAAUGAAAUUAUUCCAUUCUAUAAAUAUUACGAGGACGCAGAUAUUGUUUCAAUCUAUUUUAUAAAGCCUACAUUUGGUUAUAUAAACCAUUCCGAAGAGGCUGUAAAUAAUACAGUUCUUAUUUCUUACGACAAUGAGGAUAGGAUAGUUUCCGUUGAUAUUUUUACAGCAUCAAAAACUUUAUCUUGUCAUUUGCUCGAUACACAAAGUGAAGUAGAUGAUAAACCACCUUUGCUUCUCCAUUCUACUUAUCAUGAAAUUAAUGAUGAGCUGAGACUUUACUUUAAUAAUUCUAUCUCAACUAAUAUUACCUUUUUCAAAUCUGAGGAAGAAGAUAUUAAAGUAGCAAUGGACGAUUCGAAAAGAGUUACAGCACUAUUAUUUUGUAAUUCUAGUAAGAAGAUAUGCAGAGGUAAAUAAUUUGCUGAAGAAGUUUGCUAUAUUUUUUAUUCGCAUAAUGAUUCAUGAUUCUGGCUU